CCAGUCUCUGCUCCUGGCCAAUGAGCUUCCAGAGAACCGGAGGGGUGGGCGGGACCGGACCAAACGCAAACAUGGCGGCGUCCUUAGAUGAUGAUUUUGAGUUUAAUAAUCAGGACUACUACUCUCUACUCAACGUCAGAAAAGAGGCUACAUUAGAGGAGCUAAAGGCGUCAUAUCGCAGGCUGUGUAUGCUCUACCAUCCUGACAAACACCGAGACCCUGAGCUGAAAAGCCAGGCUGAACAGCUUUUCAACCAGGUGCACCAGGCGUACGAAGUGCUGAGUGAUGAGCACUCCAGAGCCAUCUAUGACAUCUUUGGGAAGAAAGGGCUGGAGGUGGAAGGCUGGGAGGUGGUGGAGCGGAAGAGAACCCCAGCAGAAAUUCGAGAGGAGUACGAAAGGCUGCAGAGAGAAAGAGAAGAGAGGAGACUGCAGCAGAGAACUAACCCCAAGGGCACAAUCAGCGUGGGUGUGGAUGCAACAGACCUGUUUGACCGCUAUGAUGAGGAUUUUGAAGAGAUGCCAGGAGGCGGGUUUCCUCAUAUUGAAAUUAACAAGAUGCACAUUUCUCAGUCCAUAGAGGCUCCAUUAACAAAUUCUGACACAGCAGUGCUGUCUGGUUCACUCUCUACACACAAUGGGAACGGAGGGGGCAACAUUAACAUGACUGUACGAAGAGUUACAUCAGCCAAGGGCUGGGGAGAGGUGGAGUUAGGUGCAGGAGAUAUACUCGGACCUCUCGUUGGGUUAAAGGUGUUUCGCAAUGUUUCUCCACGUUGUUUCUUGACAGCCCAGUGUGGUUUGCAGUUCUCUCCUCGUGGUUUGCGUCCGAGCUGUUCCCUGAUGACGGCACGCCACCUGGACCAGAACACCAUGGGUUACCUGCAGUGGCGCUGGGGGCCCAACAGCGCCAUGACCACCAGCCUGGUCCGAGACACGAAAAGCAGCCACUUCACUUUGGCUCUGCAGCUGGGUGUGCCUCACUCAUACCUGAUGAUGAGCUACCAGUACAAGUUCCAGGAUGAGGACCAGACCAAAGUCAAAGGCUCUGUUAAGACGGGCUGGUUUGGCACCGUGGUGGAAUAUGGAGCAGAGAGGAAGAUCAGCCGACACAGUGUCCUGUCAGCCACUGUCAGCAUCGGGGUCCCUCAGGGAGUCACACUCAAGAUCAAGUUGGCGCGUGCCAGUCAGACGUACCUGUUCCCAGUCCACCUGACAGAUCAGCUGCUGCCCAGCGCUGUCUUCUACGCCACCGUGGGACCCCUGCUGGUCUACAUGGCCAUCCACAGACUGAUCAUCAUACCAUAUACACAAGCACAGAAAGAGCAAGAGCUGGAGCUGCAGAGGAAGAGCUCCGCCACAGACAUCGCCAAGAAGAAGCAGGAGGCAGAGUCUGCCGUUCUGCUGAUGCAGGAGUCUGUGAGGAGAAUCAUAGAAGCGGAAGAAGCCAAGAUGGGUCUGAUCAUCCUGAAUGCCUGGUAUGGAAAGUUUGUGUCAGACACGAGCCAGAAGCAGGAGAAAGCAAAGGUCAUCGACGUCACUGUGCCUCUGCAGUGCCUGGUCAAGGACUCCAAACUCAUCCUCACCGAGUCCUCUAAGGCUGGGUUGCCGGGUUUCUAUGACCCCUGUGUUGGAGAAGAGAAGAGUCUUAAAUUACUGUACCAGUUCAGAGGUGUCAUGCACCAAGUCAUCUCUGCAGACACUGAUCCUCUACGGAUACCCAAGCAAUCUCACAGAAUUGAGUCCGAGCCCUAGGACCCCACCGCUGCCGGAGCACCAGAGGGCAGAUGUAGAUGACAAGAAACUUGGUGUAAGCAGAAGAACUCAGUGCAGGAGGAACACCCAGUCUGUUUUUCACCUCUAGUCCUCUUCUGUCAUGGUAUUAGUGAAUCUGUUUAUCGAGUUCCUCCACUCCUCCCUUUCCUGUGGGCCGUCUCUGAGGUUCAGCAGAAUACAGGAGUCAGCUCAGAGUUUCUACAAGCCUUUGUGUCUCCAGUCUGCUCCACCUGACAGGGCUGCGCAAAUAUCUGCCUGCUGCAGGAGAUCAGCCCUGAACAUAGUUUUAUAUAUUGCACUACACAGAGGGACUGACAGUCACUGUGGACGUGUUGUCCAUUCCCAUCAAUGAUGAGCUAAAAGUGAUCAAUUUAAAGAUGUGUCUUGACAGGUGUUAUGUCAAGUAUAUACAUGCAAGCUGUACUUUUAUCCCAUAUCAUUGUAGUCUUUUUCCUGUAUGUGUAUCACCCAGGUAGGUUUGAAUCUAAUACUGUAAUUUCACUAACUCAUGCGAGAGUAACAGUAACGCUAUGCAGGAUAAUGUCUCGUUGACCCUGAGGCUGAUCAGGACUGAGGACCUGAUUGUGCAAUUCAUGUUUUCGUUUACUUGUUGAAACGUCUCGUCCUAUUUUUUAUGCCUUGUAGUGACGUGUCUGCUGCUCGGGGGGUGGG